AUGAUGAGAAUGAGAACUAAAACGCCAGCGGGCGGCCCCAGGCUGCCGCUGCCGACAAAAAGCAAAACCAGUGUCGGUGGUGGUGAUGUUGCCGGCGGCGGCGGCGGCGGCGGCGGCGGAGGAAGUGGAGAUGGGAACUGGGAAAUGAGGCCGUGUGGGAUGCUAGUUCAAACGCGGAGUGAUUCGGAUCAAAACCGCCGUCCUCCUCCCCCGACAAUCCGGGUUCGGGUCAAGUACGGCUCUGUUUAUCAUGAAGUCACCCUCAGCUCUCAAGCCAGCUUUGGGGAGUUGAAGAAAAUGCUGACAGGGCCGACAGGAUUACACCAUGAGGAUCAGAAGCUGUUUUACAAGGAUAAGGAGAGGGAUUCUAAGGUGUUUCUUGAUACAACUGGUGUGAAGAACAAGUCCAAAAUUGUGCUAAUUAAGGAUUCAAUUAGCCAAGAAAAGAGGUACCUUGAAAUGAAAAGGGCUGCUAAAUUGGAAAAGGCUACAAAAACCAUAUCAGAUAUCAGUUUAGAAGUCGACAAGUUGGCCGGCCAGGUGGCGGCGCUUGAAUCUGUUAUUUCAAAAGGUGGGAAAGUUACAGAGAAUUAUGUGGUGAAUCUGAUUGAGUUGUUGAUGGAUCAACUAGUUAAGUUAGAUACAAUUCUUAAGGAAGUGGAUUCAAAAGUCCAAAUGCAAGGAAAAGUACAGGUUACGAGAGUACAGAAUUGUGUUGAGACUCUGGAUAUGUUGAAGAUCAAAAACUCGAUCGCAAAUGGCAAUGCCAAUGGAUCGCCGACCAAGCUGAAGGAAGAUAACAAGAAGUUGUCAAAUGAACAUAUUGUACAAUCCCCUGUCGGAAAACAGCAGCAAUCAGAUAGGAAUCCGUUUAAUGUAGUACCGAAUUCGUCACAGAAACAAUCGAUACCGCCAUCACGGCUUUCCAUCGUGAGCAGGUCAUCUCCGGUAAAGCCACAGGAAGGAAAACAUUCGAUUGGGAUCACACAGCAGCCACUUGAACAACUGCUGCAACCAGCAAUGGGCAGCCCUGGUUCCGGUACUGGUUCGGGUUCGAGUUCAGGGCGUGUUGUGAUCACAACGAAUUGGGAAACAUUUGAUUCCUUCCCGGAAGCAAAUACAUCGAGCAAUCCUUCGGGAUCCUCGACUCCAGCUGCUCAUCAACCUGCAUUCAACUUAGAUUUGCUUUCAAUUUGA